UGACACAUGUCAAACGUCAAUAAAAAUUGAACACGUUUUCCUCAACUUGCAUUUAAAAACAAUGUUUUAUCGUGAAAAAUGAAGUGAUUAAGCCGGACAACAGUCAACAUGAAUAAAACCAACAAAUUCCUGGUGGAAGCCGCCGCUAUUUUCGUGGCAUAUUUCUACUUCGGAAUCUUACAAGAGAAAAUAGCAAAAGGCAAAUACACGUACGAGACAACGGACGAUAAGGGCGAGAAGAUUUACCUUACGGAAAAGUACACUUAUUUCCUAACUUUAGUGUUCAUUUUGUGUGCAAUUAGUUACGUGGCUGCUAGCAUAUUUUUGAAAAUCUGGCGGCCCGAGGAAGACAAGACACCGCGACUUUAUUACAUAAGUAUUGCGAUAACGUUCCUGCUGGCCAUGGUAUGUUCAAACAUGGCACUGCAAUGGGUGCCAUACCCGACCCAAGUGGUGGGAAAGUCGGCCAAACCCAUCCCAGUCAUGAUCCUGGGGGUACUACUAGGAAAAAAAUCAUAUCCUUUAAAAAAAUACAUUUUCGUCUUGUUGAUUGUUGUUGGAGUGGUGCUAUUUAUGUUCAAAGACAAGGGAAAGCCGUCACACCAAGAUGUGGAGUUCGGUUUGGGAGAAUUGUUGUUAAUUCUGUCACUCAUGAUGGAUGGAAUGACUGGAGGAGUUCAAGAGAGGAUAAGAGCAGAGGCACAACCAACCGGCCAACAAAUGAUGAAAGCGUCAAAUGGAUGGUCGGUUUUAUUUCUAGGCUGUGCUCUUAUAAUAACAGGAGAAGGUUUACAGUUUCUGGAAUUUGCGAAAAGACAUCCCAGUGUUGCUGUAAAUCUAUUAAUAUUAGGAUUAACUCAAGCAGUUGGACAAAUGUUUCUCUAUAAUAUGGUUUCAGAUUUUGGGCCUUUGGUGGUUUCCCUCGUGACAACAACUAGAAAAUUCUUUACAUUUUUAGGCUCAGUCAUCAUUUUUGGGAACGUCCUAAGUGGGAGACAAUGGUUGGGAACUAUUCUAGUUUUUACUGGACUCUUCCUUGAUACCGUCUUUUCCAAGAAAGCCAGCAAAAAAACUCCCAGCAAUUAGACUAUUUUUUUAAAGUUUUACAAAUAUUUUGUGACUUUUAAAGGGUGUCCCAAUAGGAACUUGAGGAUUUAAAUUUCACAUUAUUUAUUUGAAUAAAUCAUCAACUAUGGCUCCGAUCACUUCAUAUAAUUUCGUCAUGUGAGUUGGAGACGCAACUCUUUGAUGUUUUCCAAAAGAGCGCUUUUCUCACCUCUUAGACUCCCAUUCACAGAGUCGUAAUCGUGACCACCAAUCAGUUUCACCUCGAUGGCAUUUGCCGAAAUUAAUUUGAAUAUGUUUGAUAAAGUUAUCAAAAAUUUAAAAAAAAAGAGUCGCUGUGUGCAAUAGGAAUCGCGUGGACAUUUAUCCGAUAUCUUGUUCCACGUAUAAUUUUAAGGUUUUUACUUUAUGUUAAUAAAUCGUUCAAUUUCUAAAUACUACGCACGUUAUUUGGAAUUUAAAUCCACAAGUUCCCGUUGGGACACCCUAUAUUUAUGACAAAAAGCCUUAUCGAUU